CGCUGCGGUGUCCCACAGAAUCAACGCGGCUCGUCAUGGCGCUCGGACGCAAGAACUCGCUUCUCCUGUUUUUCUCUGCUUUCUUCUGAAUUGACUCCAUCUGACUCUCUUGGACUGGGAUCUUUUGCCCUUUCGACUGAACGGCUCAAGAGCGACGAUCUAAUCUUCGCUGUGAUAAAAGGAUCUGAAUAUGUAAACUUGAGUAGAACUGGGCGAGCAAGAUUUCAGGAUCCCUUUUCCAGGGCGAAUUCCCUAGUUUGAGGAACUCGGGAAAGAAACUGUUCUGGAAGAAGAGGAGGAGUGAGAAGGGGCCCUUUUUUAAGUGAAUGCUAGAGACUUGAUCAUGACUACGGCAUGGGAGUGACGUGACGUCAGGAUUGGACUUUCCCUCCUAACAAUCUCAUAUGCACACACCCACACCAUGUGCUUCUCUCUCCGGCGAGACAAAACUGACUGAAUGAACGAGUACGCUGAGAAAGAUUGUGCGAGUGUGAAAAUGGACGAGUCUGCGCUCCUGGACCUGUUGGAGUGUCCGGUCUGCUUGGAGCGUCUAGAUGCCACGGCGAAGGUGUUGCCAUGCCAGCAUACGUUUUGCAGACGCUGCCUGCUUGGAAUUGUGGGAUCUCGUGGAGAACUGCGCUGCCCCGAGUGCCGCACGCUAGUGGAGAGCGGCGUGGAUGAGUUGCCUAGCAAUAUCCUCCUUGUACGGCUACUAGAUGGCAUCAAGCAGAGGCCGAGGAGGACUGGAAGUGUGCAUGGCACAUGUGCUAAUGGAUCGGCAGUGGCGGGGGUCCGAGCGCAGGGUGCCGGGGGAAGCCAAAGGGAUCCUGGUCCCACAGGGGGACAAUCUCAGCGUGUCCAAGCAAAGAGCACUCCAGUUAGGGGAGUUCCUCAGUUACCCUGCGCUAAGGCUCUAUACAACUACGAUGGCAAAGAACCUGGAGAUCUCAAGUUCAGCAAAGGUGACAUCAUCAUACUGCGACGACAGGUUGAUGAAAACUGGUACCACGGAGAGAUGGGAGGAGUCCAUGGCUUUUUCCCAACCAAUUUUGUCCAGGUCAUCAAACCUCUCCCACAGCCGCCCCCUCAAUGCAAAGCCCUGUACGACUUUGAGCUCAAAGAUAAGGAGGCUGACAAGGACUGCCUGCCUUUUUCAAAGGAUGAUAUUCUUACUGUGAUUCGUCGUGUGGAUGAGAACUGGGCGGAAGGCAUGCUGGGAGAUAAGAUUGGCAUCUUCCCCAUAUCUUAUGUAGAGUUUAACAGUGCGGCUCGACAGCUCAUAGAACUGGACAAACCAUCUGAAGGAGGAGGAGACUCUAGUGAAGGACCGUCCUCGUCCUCCUCGGGCCCUCAAGCCAAUGGCUCCCAGAAAGCCCCUGGGGAAAAGAAGAACAGUAAGAAGCGGCACUCCUUCACCUCAUUGACUAUGUCCCAUAAGCCUUGCCUGGCUCCUCCACCACAGAGACACUCCAUGGAGAUCAGCGGCCCGGUUCUGAUCAGCUCCUCUAACCCCACAGCAGCGGCCCGGAUCGGAGAGCUCAGCGGAGGCCUUUCCUCCAGCGCACCUUCACAGGUUCACAUUUGCACAACAGGACUCAUUGUGACUCCUCCACCAAGCAGUCCUGUCACCACAGCGACAGUUUUCACAUUUCCUCCAGAAACCAGCUAUGCCUCUAUUCCAGUGGAUGCUCUUCCUCCUCCACCUCCUCCUCCACCUCAGUCUCAGUCCUCAGUUGUUGGCGCUGCCGCCUUGAAUGCUGGCCAAAGGCCAUCACCCGCUGCGGGCGACCAGAGUGGCCGUCAGAGACCCACAGUGUAUGUGGCGAUGUUUCCGUACUCUCCCCGUAAGGAGGAUGAGUUGGAGCUGAGGAAGGGUGAGAUGUUUCUGGUGCUGGAGCGCUGUCAGGACGGCUGGUUUAAAGGAACAUCCAUGCACACUGGCAAGAUCGGAGUGUUUCCUGGUAACUACAUGAGUCCUGUCAGCAGGACUGUUUCUGGCAGCAGUCAGCCUAAAGUCCCCCUGACCCUUUGCUCUCAGGCUGGACGUGGCGUCACCAUUGUCAGCCCUUCAUCUGCUUUGGGGAGUAUGGACCUCAGCAAACCUCUGCCAGUCUGCCCAAACGCUACCCCAUCCUGCUCACUGCCUGCUGCUGUGGUGACAGCUGCACAUCUACCCACCGGUCAGCACCCCAAAGUGCUCAUGCAUGUGACGUCACAGAUGACUGUUAACCAGGCACGCAAUGCAGUCAGAACAGCUGUAAGUCACAGUCAGGACCGGCCUACAGCAGCAGUGACACCCAUUCAAUCCCACAAUCCUGUAGCUUACCUUCCCAGCACAGCUGUGGUUCUCCAGGCGUCACCUGUCCUGAACUCCAGUUCGGGAUGCUCCUCCGCUAGGGUCGGGGUGGCUUUGGGUUGCGCUGCCGCAUCCUUGACCCCUCCUAAUGUUAGCGCUGCUUCUUUAGACACUGAUGCCAUGAGACCUGUUCCUAUGGUGGCAUUACCUGUGAACGCUGGCAGCACUAAACCUCUCGGGGCAGCAUCCAAUCACGGUGUGGCCUGUAGGCUGGAUAAAGAUUGCAAGAGAGAGAAGAAAGGCCUGCUGAAACUGCUGUCCAAUAAAAAGAAGCUCCGCCCAUCUCCUCCAUCCUCCCCCACACUGGAGGCAGAGCAAUCUGUUAGCAUGGAGCUUCCCCAAGGAGCAGUGGGUCCAGAAAUGGCUCUGUCUGGGUCAGCAGGGCACAACGGACGCAUUGGUGCCUGUCCUAUGGAUUCGGAGCUAUCGAUGUCCUCCUCUUCAUCAAACACAGAUGCGGUGACACACAGGAGCAGCCCACAGGACAACACUGCCCCCAUUGCUCCGCCUCCUCGACAGCCGUGCUCCUCCCUGCUCUCCAUGCAGCAUGAUGGACGGCCAAUCGUGUGUGAGAGGUAUCGUGUGGUGGUGUCCUAUCCUCCCCAAAGUGAAGCAGAGCUGGAACUCAAAGAGGGAGACAUUGUAUUUGUGCACAAAAAACGAGAGGACGGCUGGUUUAAAGGAACACUACAGAGAAACGGCAGAACCGGGCUGUUUCCUGGCAGCUUUGUUGACAGUAUCUAACGUACACACAGCAACUAAUAUUUAGAUAUCAAAUUCUCCAUCACUGAAAACCCCACACUGAACUUAAGCCUUCAUUCGCUGAGCAGUGGUCUGAAACUCAACUGCUGGAGUUUUGCUUCAUCAGCUGCAUGGAUUUAACCACAGUCUUAUGAAAAUCUCAGACCAGUCCUAGUCCUUUAGCAUUAGAUCAAAACCCCCUUUCCCCAAACACUUCAAAGCGGCAGAGUUUUCGUAGUAGGUGCCCUAUUUCUAGCUCAGUAGAUGAAGUUGUGAUAGGAUCCGUUAAUUUAUGCAUCUGUAACAUUUCAAAGACAUUUAAUGUGUGCCUUGUACUGUCUCACUUUACUGUAUAUAAGCAAAGCAAAGCUGAUCUGAGUCAUGACGAGAACAAUAUGAAUUUCUUUCCACCUGAAAAACAUUUAACUUAUUUUUGCUUUGUAGUUUUUGAGGGAAGGUUUGUUAUGUGAGCCGACUGGUCGAAUGCCUGUAGAGUCUGAGUUAUGUCACUGAUGGACAUUUGCUUGAAAUAAAUCAACAAUCAAUACCAGAUGAACAGCAGAAUGAAUUCAGAAAGGUUGCUUCACUUUAGCUUUCAUAUUGAAGUCAUUUGAUGAGGAGUGAAGACACCACAGGCCUCCCAUUCUGAUUGGUUGUUGUGUGUUUGUAAAGGCUAUUAUAGCUACGCUGACUGAUGGAAUGAAGGAUGACUGAUUGUUAGUUUUUAAAGAUUACACUCAGACUUUGAAUCCAAUAUUACUAAUUGUCAUUACGAUCGGGAACAGUCACCCUUAGUAAAAGUGCAGGAUCCUACAAUGAUGAUGCCAAUGUGCGCAUGUGUUUGUUCCCUCUCUGGUAUUUAUAACUGCUUUCGUUUCAGAAUGAUACAUUGGUCUAUGCGUGAGCUCCCAAAAUAUUUUUGAUUGAUGAUUAAAAAAUAGCCUUUAUGUAACAUUACAACCUGGCUGAUUUCAUAUGAUUGACUAAAAAUGGUCUUUAAAAGUGUUGUUUAACUCCAAAUCCACAAAACGUUGCUUCUCUUAAAGUCGGGUCUGUUGUCUGCUGUAUUUUAUGUGACAUUUCAUGUUUUGUAUACUUGAAAGUGAUGGUGUUUGUGUAUUUCUAUGCUUCAUACAGUAGAUCAAAUGUUUUUAUUAAUAUUAUUAUUAUGUUGAAAGCACAAAAUCUUUUUUUUUUAAAUAGAGUAUUGUUAGAUAUAAUUAUUGCCCCAUUAAAACGCUGGUUCAUUUGGGAGAUCUUUAAUUGUUGUCUUGAUGAUGCCUUUACAACUAGUAAGAUGGCCUUCGGUUUGUGUAUUACUAUUGUAUUAGUUUAUCCAACCACUGAGUUGAACAAUUGUUCUCUGUUUUAGAUUACUGGUUUUGGCUCUAUUCAUGGAGCUCCCGACAUGAGCCGACUCUAGAUUAAACUUUCCACAUGAGGAGCAUUUCACUGCUUGAAUCAAGCAUGUUUAAAGUUGACACUUGUUCACUUGUCAAGAUCUUAAAGUCAGUAAAUGGGAUAUUAGUCAGAAGAAAAUUGAACAUUUGAUUUCAGCUCAUUCAAGUGUGUGUUAGAUGUGAGGGGUAUAAAAUAAAGUCAUUUUUAUAAAACCUG